AUGUUCUCACGACGUCAGCCUGAUAACAGAGACCUGGUGUUCAAGGGACUCUCUGUCAACAGAGGUGGAGGUCCUGCACUAAAACAAGCUACUGGACGUGUGAAGCAAGGAGAGAUAUUGGCAGUUCUUGGUCCGAAAGGUUGUGGAAAGACAUCCUUGGUGUACGCCCUGGGGGGAAGAGUGCCCACCACUGGUCAAGUCCACCUCGGGGGUGACCUACUAGGAAGCAGACGACAGGAGCUCUCUGUAGUUGGAGCAGACGACAUCUUUCUUCCAUUGUUGACAGUUAAGGAAACAGUGCAGUAUGACGCGUCCCUUCGUUUGCCGUCACGGAUGACGCUGUCUGAAAGGGACGUCAGAGCCGACAAAGUUAUUGAGUUCUUUGGACUGAAGCCAUACGUUGUCUUAGCCGCGCAGUUCACAUCACCAAUGGUAAAAAGACGUCUCAGCUUAGCGUGUGAGAUGUUGACCGACCCGUGUGCCCUGCUGGUAGAUGAGCCUUUUGCGGGUCUAAGUUUUGUGGAAGCUUUACGUCUUAUGAGAAUCCUGAAAUAUUUAGCAGAAAGCUUGGACAAGAUAGUUGUCAUAGCAACCGAAAGCGUCAGCAGCGCGAUAUACCAGAUGUGCUCUAAAGUCAUCUUCCUGCAUGACGGCGAGAUGGUGUAUUCUGGGGAGACGUCCAUGUUGACUGAGAUACUACAUGUAGCCAACAUUACAUACCCAGCCAACACAAACAUGGCUGACUUCAUGUUAGAACUCCUUACAAGUGAGGAUCAUUAUGACGAUACCAGUCAGCUGAAAGGAUUAAUCAAGGCAAGUCCGCAAUGGAGGGACCGCUCUGGAGACGUAACGUAUAAUGGCGUGGACUGUCGCAAACAGUUCCUAACGGUCAGAGAGGCCAGGACCCGUUUGAAGAACUCUCAUGGUGGGGACAACGAUGCAGUGGUGGAUGAAGAUAAAGUAUCACUCAUGAUAGAAUCAAAAUCAUCCGAAGAAGAACAUCAACACUGGAAACAAAGAGGUCAGACGUCAUUUUUGAUUCAGCUGUCAACGCUGACGUCACGCAACUUCCGGAAUGCGCGACGGCGGAUUUUAAACCCAAUCAGCAUUCUUCAGAACACGUACAUUCUGGUCGUGUGUGUCCUUAUAUGGUGGCGACCAGAGAGGACAGAGGGCAAGGUCAUGGACAGGAUGGGACUGUUUUUCUUCACAACCGUUCAGUGGGCGUUCUUUGCACUCCUCGAUGCUGUGUUCACAUUCCCCAAGGAGCUGAAGGUUGUGACGAGGGAGAGAGUACAGGGUCUGUACAGAGUGAGCGCCUACUGUCUAGCCAAGAGCAUCAGCGAGUUACCACUCACCACUCAACCCUGUCUAUACAUGGGCGUCAUGUACUGGGUUGCCAACCUCAACAGCGCCAACGCCUUCGUCAAGUCAGUCGGCGUCGUCAUCGCUGAUGUCUAUGCAGCUCAGAGUAUCGGACUGUUUCUUGGCACAAUGUUAAACCCGCCGUGGACCGUCUCCGUGAUGUCGCUGGGGUUGCUGUCCAUGAUGUUGAUUGGUGGUGCCUUCAACACUCCCCCUCCGUGGAUGCAGUGGGGAAAAUAUGCUUCCUUCUUCUACUAUGGCCUUCAGUCUCUCAUCUCUCUCGAAUUCUCAGAUGCUCAAUCUAUAACGUAA